AUGUUUCAAUAUUACACUGGAUUAAGUGAAGAUAUGUUUGAAAUAAUUCACACACUAUGUUCAAAUGUUACAUUUAAUUAUUACUUAGGUUGGAAUGUCACUUGCUUUUCAUUAAAAGAUCAAAUACUUAUGACUCUAAUAAAAUUAAAAUUAAACUUAGGUCAUAAAGACUUAGCUUUUAGAUUUAAUACCAGUCCAUCUACUGUAUCUAAUGUUACUUUAACUUUUAUAAUUUUAUUACAUGAUAUUUUAUUCAAGUCACUCAUGGACAAUGUUCCAUCUCAACUUAAAAAUCAACUUUGUUUACCUAAUUGUUUUCAAAGUUUCCAAAACUGCCGUAUGAUUAUUGACUGUACCGAGGUAUCUUGUGAUAUACCUAAACAAUUAGAUCAACAAAAGUUGACUUACAGUAAUUACAAACAUAGAAAUACUCUCAAAGGAUUGAUUGGUAUAGCACCCAAUGGUGUCAUAACUUUUGCGAGUAAACUUUAUUCGGGAUCCAUUUCAGAUAAAAAAAUUGUAGCCGAUUGUGGAGUUUUAAAUAUAUUUCAACCAGGUGAUCUAAUUCUUGCAGAUAAAGGCUUUCUUAUUUCUGAUCUUCUUCCUAGUGGAGUUAACUUAAAUAUUCCACCAUUUUUAGUUUCACCUCAAUUUACUCCGAGUGAAGUUGUAAAAACCAAAAAUAUUGCAAGAGCUCGGAUUCAUGUGGAACGUGCAAUACAAAGGUUAAAAGAGUACCAUAUUUUGUCCCAUAUUCCUAAAUGCUUCUACAAUACUCUUAAUGGUCCAAAUGAUUAA